AUGGCUGCUAAGUCUUAUCCUGCCCGGUGUGUGUCUUAUUACAAGGAAGACCACAAGUGUUUCACUUUCGAACAUUUUGUCUCCAAUAACCAGGUUCUUGCUGUUCAUACAUACGAAGCUGGAGCAAGUUUUCUUUGGACAUCUGCAUUUCAGAAACCAAGCUUUCUCUUUGAGCAUAUAGCUGAGUUCUCUGAAGUGUACAUGAAAAGCUUUGCAGAGGAGGCGUUGGAGGAAUCAGCGCCACGUGUCGCUUUCACGGUGGUUCCACGACUUCAAUACAGUGUGAGGUCUAUCUGA